UGACAAUCAAGUUGACAGAAAAUAAAUUAUUAUCAAAUAUAAAUUAAUUCUAGUUUGUCAGUUUAUUAACAAUUCAGGAAAACAUGUUAUCAGUAUAGUGAAUUUAAACCACAAGUAGGGCAAACUAUUGGGCUAUGGACGGAGGACCAUCGGAUUUUCCAUUUGAAGAACAGCCAACAGGAAAAAGAUGGGAUCCACUAGGAGCCCCAAAUGAUGAAGAAAUCGACAGUGAUUUAAAGAAAUUUGACGAGGAUUGUGGCCUUAAUGAUCAGGAGGUUUUGGAAAAAAUUCGGACGUUGGAAGAAGAACAGGAGCUACUCAAUUCAUCCCUCUUUGCUCUAACAACCCAUUUUGCCCAGGUUCAAUUUCGUCUACGUCAAGUUGUUAAUGCCCCUUCAGAAGAUAAAGAGGAAUUGCUGAAAUCUCUGGAAGAAUUUGCUUUCCGUGGCAUUCCUGAUGUUGGCCAUGUUCAAGAACACAUCGAUGAAGCCAGCUUAGCUGACGCUGUACGUUUAAGAAGAAGCCAACAAAAAGAACUGAUUGAUAAACUUAAAUCCCAGUUAAGAGAAUUAGAACAGUAUGCAUUUGAAAACGGUGAGGCUGGAAUCCCUCAGGAUAUGGUCCUUGAAAGGCAAAAAAUAAUUUUAAAUGAAUUAAAGACUCGGAUGAAUUUAGAGAUUGAUGAUCAGCAUUUUUAUCAGAUGUCCCAAGCUGAUGUUAGUAAACAGAUUAACAUGGCUUUUGAUCAACUGGUAAGCCCAUUGAAAGUGAAAGAACAUCUGGUAUCACAGCUAAAAACCCAGAUAGCUGAUCUAGAAAGAUUUAUAAGCUACUUACAGACUGAUACAAAGCAUUCCAAAUGCUCCUGCCAUUCUUCAUUUAAAACCUAUAAAGAACCUCACAGUGGGGAGAGUACAAUUAAUUUAAUCCAAAGAACUGCCACUCUAUUGCAAAUGUUUGCUGUUUUACAGCUAGGCUGUAAGUCCCAACCGUUUACCAAGAAUGAUAUGAAACAUUCCAUGAAAAUUAAUCAUUGGGGAGAUCUGAGAGCAAGACUGGAAAUGGCUAUUGCAAGGGUAAAAGAACUUGCUGAGCACAGUGAGUUCAGAAAAGAGCAAGAAGGCGACUACAGCAGUGAUUCUGAAUCUCUUAGUGUAUUAUGUAAUGUCCAAUUGACCACUGCUGUAAGAAAGUAUUUAGCCACUUGUAUAAGAGACUUGAUGCAACAUGGAGCUUUUACUCCUCAAAGCACCAGCCUAGUUCCUUUGAUUGGUUGCUUUCCUAGAAGGAAUUCUUUAAGUAAUAAUCAAAUCCAUGCCUGGGAGAUCAUUCUAGAGUAUUAUAGGAUGAAGAAUGGUGAAAAAUAUAACUCUACACCUGCAAGGAAGCUGUCACAAAGUUUUAAUUUGGAUAUUGCUGGAGCUUCACCCUCAUCGAAUAAGCAGAACAUGUUGUGUUGUAUUGGUAGCAUUAUUUCAACACAUACGCCAUAUAAAAGGAGCAAUGAUUCUCAUUUUAAAGCCUUUGUAUGUGCCGCUCUUAAUGCUAACAAGCUCGUUCCUUGGUUGACCUUGAUAUUUACUUGUAAUCACCUAGUCAAAACUUAUUAUCAACCAUGGAGCUAUCUAGCAAAAACAGGGUUCCAAGACAGUUUAAGGAGUUUAGACACAUUGUCCGGGAUCAAAUUCCAGUUACCAGUGGAUCUCGCCAUUAGACAGUUCCAAAAUAUUAAGGAUGUAUUUACAUAAUAUUCUCUUGUUUCUUCUAGUCAUUCGGUACUUAAUUAUAUACGUACAUUUACUGUGAUUCAUUUAACAAUAAUAUCAAGGAACCGCGGGAUUAUUGUAAAUGCAAUGAAACGUCAAUUGAAGUUUUUUUUGUCAUGUUUAUUAAUUAACAUGAUUUUGUUAGAAACCUUUCACUAUUUAUUUUAUUUCUCCACAGUUUCUAUGCCGGACUGAACUACAUAUACAUUUGCAAUAACCUCUGUGUUUUCGCAAAUCUCGCAGUUAAUACGUAUCCAUUUUGCCUGAUAUUUUUGUUCCUUAAAAGUUUAUCUAGUCGUUAGGUUUUUGUUUUUCUAUUGACUGAUAAAAGUCUGAAAAUUGUUGGUACUUAAUGUCUCUAUCGUUUUGAUCUGAAUAUGGUUUUGAGUUUAAAUAAAUAUGUAUUGUGA